AUGAGACGAUUUCGACCCGCUACUUCCAGCCGGCGGAAAUACUAUAUCGUGGUUGCUCUGCUGCUCGUCCUGGGCCACGCGCAUUCGCACGUGGCAGAUCAACCGCGUUACCUCUACCGCUCCACAUUCCGCGACAAUCCAGACACCGCCUAUGAACAGCAGCUAUCCCAGGCAUUGCGCGACAUUGAGGAACAGCAAUUGACCUUACAUGGUCCCGCUGGUCCCUCGGAUACUAUAUGGCAGAUCAUCCUGGGGAAAGACCCCGGCGCCGAGGAACGGGGCCCUGAUUCUCUCGAAUUUGAGGAGAAGAACUCCGAGUGGAAAUACAAGCUCGCCACUACCGAAUGGGCAGAAGAAUUCGUCACUAUCACCCUCUCAUCCAUCCCCGGCCUAUCAACAUUAUACCACGCCUACCCUCACCAUGUUCUCCGAGCUGACUUGCUCCGAUAUUUGAUCCUAUGGUACUACGGUGGCUACUAUGCCGAUACCGAUGUCUUCCCGGCCCGAUCGAUCAAAUCGUGUCCAUCACUGCAGAAAUCGGUAUUCAAAACAGACAUGCAAGACAUCUCGCUCGUGGUCGGCGUCGAAAUCGACGAGCCAUUCGCCUCGGCCCAGAAGAUGCACGACUGGCACUGGGUUCGAAGCUACGGCUUCAUUCAAUAUACCAUGUUCGCACCACGCCAAUUCAGCCCACUACUCAGAGAAAUCAUCGUGCGCGUUUUGUCGCACACGAAACGCCACCUGGACGAAAGCAACGUCUUCAUCGGGGCACGGUAUAACGAAUUGACCACAUUGGAAAUCACCGGUCCGGGAGUCUUCACAGAUGCGAUCUUAGACGUCUUAUCUGAUACACUCCCGGCCUCCCACCCAUUUGUUUCCGAGUCGGUGACCGCCGACACGGGGUUGGGCGAGUUAAUUUCGCCGGCGACAGGGGGCCUGACGCAGCGUGUAACAUGGGCCCCGUUCUCCGGGCUCAGCGCACCCCGCUGUGUUCAAGGAUCGGAGGCCAAGGCAGGGGUGGAUCUGGGCGGGUUGUGUGUGUUACCUAUUAAUGCGUGGGGUAAUGGACAACGACACAGUGGAGCCGAGAACUUUUUCAGCACUCAUGCUUGUAUUAAUCACCGCUUUGGUGGGACUUGGAAGCCUUGGAAACAGAGUUGGAAGAAGUAUCUCUUUGGUUAA